AUGGAUUAAACUAAUUCCAAUCUAAUCAUAAUAGCUCCAGAACAUUCUUAUUCAAUGAAAUUAAUAUAAUGUAUUAUCUUAUUAUAAUAUCUUAGAUUUAAUCAAACAUUUUAAUAAUGAUGAAUUAAUAUUUGAUAAGAUUGAUGAAGAACAUCAAAAGAUUGGGACUUAACUGUAAUAAUUACCAUCGAUUUAAUAGUUUAAUUAAUACCAAAUAUUAUACAUGUGAUGUAGAUUUGCAUACAAUAAAUUACAAUUAUUUUAAUUUAGAAAAUGCUUUGGAAUAAUUAUAAAAAAUUAAAGUAGAUGGUGUUUUAUUUAUUGUUGAUGCUAAUAAUAUGAAUGGAUUGGAUUAGUUUAUUAAUUUAUGUGAUCAAAUUUUAAAUGAAAUCUAACCUGGUCUAUAAGCUAUUAUUUAUAACAGGAAAGAAGGAAUAAAAAUAAAUUUAGAACUUUUGGAAAAUGAGGAGAAAAAAUUAGAAAGCUUUGUUGAAUAAAUUUAUUUAGAUUUAGAUAAUCCACCAAUUAAAUAAUAAAUUAAAUAAUUAUCUGAUUAAGAAGAUGAAACACUUGGAUUUCCUAGAAUUAUUGAAAUUAUGGAAUGUAAUACUUGGACAUAUAUGAGACCUAAAAUUUAAGAAAUGAAAGAAAACAUUAAUAAAACUAAAGUGAUUGAAAAAUAAACACAAGGUCUUGAUCAAUUAGAAUAUGAAGAUGAUCAAUUUGCACAAUUAAUGCAUGAUAUGACCAAAAUUAGGUAUUUUGAAUCUAUUUUAUAUAGAACUUCUAAAAUGACAGAUGAGGAGAGAAGGGAAAAAGCAGCUAACAUUAUGAAUUAAUUAAUGAAUAUGUGUCAAGAUGAUGACGAAGAUGAUUUAUGA